UCUGGCAGCUGGGCGUCAAGUGGAUGCUGUCUACACCGACUUGAAAGCCGCAUUCGAUCGUAUUGACCACGACAUUGCCCUUCAAAAAUUUGCAAAACUCGGUUUCUCUGCACGUCUUUGUCGCUGGCUUGAGUCUUAUCUCAAAAAUCGGAUCAUUCAGGUGAAAAUUGGAACAUCGCUGUCGAUGGAGUUCUCCAACGGUUCAGGAGUGGCACAGGGUAGCAACCUCGGCCCGAUUGUUUUAAACACUUUCUUCAACGACUCCAACUCUCUCUUCAACGACAACUGCAAUCUCUCGUAUGCUGAUGACUUCAAGAUCUUCCUCGCUAUUGACAACUUACCUGAUUGCUACAGACUGCAGUCCCGCCUAGACAAAUUUGCCAACUGGUGUGCGUUGAAUCGUUUGGAGCUGAGCGUCUCUAAAUGCACUACGAUAUCGUUUCAUCGCAAGACCAGCCGGGAGGUUUUUACAUUUGAAUACACACUGGAUGGACACGCGCUCGAACGUCUGAAACAGUCGUGGACAAGGCCAACAGACAGCUCGGUUUUCUGUUUAGAAUGACCCGCGAAUUCGACGACCCCCUCUGUUUACGCUCGUUGUACUGCGCGCUAGU